UUCCGAGGCCUGACGAAUCAUCAGCUCGGGAGUCUGCCGCUUGCGUGGUCGAGGUCCCCGGAAGGAAGCGGGGAAAAAAAGGAAUAAAUAAGAGGUUUCCUUAGGAGGGAAAACUCGGGACACGGGUGGUGAAGGAACGUGUGAAUGGGUGCUCGGCUGUGACUCGUGGACUGGCAAGGCUUGCUAACUAGGUUAAAGGAUGUCCCGUGUCCCCUUGGGGAAAGUCCUCCUGCGAAAUGUCAUCCGUCAUACUGAUGCACAUAACAAGAUUCAAGAAGAGUCGGAAAUGUGGAAAAUUCGGGAAAUGGAAAAGCAGAACAAAGACAUUCAGUGGGGCAAGGAAAAGAGACUGCUUCCUGAUUGUUCCAGCAGCCGGAUGCGUAGCGAUGGGUUUGAUGAAGAGACCCAGCAGGCCAAUUGGAAGGCGAGGAACUUGGCUCCUGUGUCAGUAGAGAUGGAAGACGACCUCCGGCAUGCCCGCUACUGGAACAAGAAGCUCUACGAAUGUGAAGCAAACAUGCCAGACAGGUGGGGCCACAGUGGCUACAAAGAGCUGUAUCCAGAAGAAUUCGAUACAGACAGUGACCGAGAGCGAGAUGAACAAAACUCUGUGAACGGAAAAAGGAAGUCUCAGCCAGGCACACAGUCUUCCCUUGAGUUGCCCAAAAGGAAAAAAGCCAAAAAGUCGCACAAGAAGAAGCGGAAAAAGAAAUCUCAUAAGAAGCGGAAGAUGAAGAAACAGGAGCAGCCAAGUGCCACGGCAGAUUCUUCCCAGGAGUCUGACUCGUCGGAGAGGCGCGCUGGCAAGAGAAAGCGGAAGCGUCACAAAAAGGCCAAGAAGAACUCUGCAAAGGCAGCCCCCUCUUCUUCCUCAGGGCAAGACAGUGACUCCAGCAAGGCCAGCAGCUGCCCCUCCAGCAGUUCUGAGGACAGUGAGCCAGAUAAAAAGCAGGAGAAGCAGCCAAAGAAAAAGAGACGGAAACGCCACGUGUCUCUCUCAGAACGGUGUGCUGAAAGGGUGCAGGAGAAGCGCAGUAAGAGGAAGAACUGGAAAGUGGCUGCUGAUGAGAAUUCAGAGGACAGUUCUGAUGAGGACUAGGUGAAAGGGACCAACACAGUCGGUGCUUUUCGUGGGGCAGGGCAGGGGCACUGACAUUCUGGGAGAUUGGUCUCCUAAGUGCUGUCCCCUUGGAACAAAAGUAGUCUGGCAACAGCUUUAUGAUCCAGACGCCGCAAACCUCAGUUACCUGCAGGGGGCUUCUUUCAGUUUCAUGUAGGUCAGAAACUGGUCAGGAAAUGAGAAGCUCCCAGCCCAAGGCUCGUUUGUCCAGCCCAGGUUCAAACUUGAGUUUGUGACAAUACGGAAACUUAACUCACAGAAGAGGUACUAUUGGAGUCUGCAUAGAACGGAACUGACCUUGGGUCCCCUUUGCCUUUUUUGAAAAUCUAAAAACUAUUUUUGAUGGCCAAUACCUAACAUUUAAUUGCAAUAAACAAUGAAGGAGAUCAGAAGCUCCUCAGGUUGCCAGCCUGUGUUUCGCAUGUACCCAUCUUAUUUGCAAGGUUGAUCGGGUGGUGGCAUACAAGAUGUGUCAUCAGGUCCAAAGGCUAAGUGGAGAACAGCACAGGGCACGUGGCCGCCCUAGGUUCAAAUAGGAUCUACUGGGGGUCAGAGACAACUAUCCAAACAAAAGCCACAGUGAGAUUUAAAGUAAGCCGCCUCUGCUAGCUGUUUUUUGGUCAAAUGGAGGUUAUAAGCAUCCCACCCCCUGGAAGAGUAUGCUUAAUGCCAUAUCCUAUUCCUUCUUGUAAACUGGUUGUCAGCUUUGCUGGUGUGUGUCCAAGCUUUGGUUUUGCCAGCUCUUGCUGGAAAAAAAUAUAUCUCGCUACCAGUCAGGAAUGACAGAGCAGAUGGAGAGAGAGUUCCUGUUUUUACUUAACAAGAGAAGUGGUUUCUCAGGUUGAUGGGAGACCAGCAGCAUCUGAAGGGUCAGAGAUGUCCCAUCCCAGGUGUAACUAGUCAGAUGUGGCUCGACUUUCAUGUAACUCCCUCCUCCAGAUCCACAUGCCUUCUAUGAUUGAUAGGAGCCAGCAGAAGAGUUUCAGUAGUUUGCUGGAAGGCUGGCUUAGCUCAUUCCACAGCUUGGAGGCUGCAAAGAUGCACACUGAAGAAAGAACUUGGUAGUAGUUACCUCUGCCCUGCAUCUUAUGCUGUCAAGAGGUAGUCUCUACACCAUAAACCAAACAUUGAUUCCCUCUUACCCAGACCCUGUAAGGAGGACUGGGGCUAUACAUUAGUGGCUUCUUUGCAUCCUCACCAAUUUCCCACUGAAAUUCCCACCAUGCCUCUGGGGAAACCAUGACUAUUAAAGUACUUAUAAAACUA